AUGGACGACAGUGUUGUGUUGUGUUAUAUGGAUUUUCUGUGCGACGAAUUGACGACCAAUGUGUACCAUAAAAAAAUUAAAAUGAUGAUACGGGAAAACGAGAGAAGAAUAUAUAUCGAUAUAGGAGACGUACGUAAGUACAACAUUGUUAGGGCAAAUGAAUUGUUAAACAAUUUUUUGGUAGAAGAGGUAGCACUUAAGCGUGCGAUUAAAGAAUGUGUCCAAUGCAUAGACCCAUCUUAUGCAAAUAAACACGAAGAGUUUUUUGUUGGCUUCUAUGGUGCGUUUGGCUCGAAUCAUGUAACGCCUAGGACCUUAAGAUGCAAGUUUUUAGGCCGGUUAGUUUGUUUGGAUGGUGUUGUAACAAUGAGGUCGGAUAUAAAGUCAGUGUUAGUGAAAAGUGUCCACUAUUGUCCCGCUACUAGAAAAAUGCAUGAGCAUACACAUACUGACUUUUUAUCGACCUCAUAUAGUUUUGACUCUGCUACUUCAAAUUGCAAUUACCCGAGUAGAGAUAAUGAGGGCAAUCUCUUGGAGACUGAGUUUGGCAUCUCAGUGUUUAAAGAUCGGCAGUCCUUAAUUAUUCAGGAGUCCACUGAAAACAGCCCAGCCGGGCAAGCUGCCCGGUCUGUUGAUGUGGUAGUUGAGCAUGAUUUGGUGGAUAUGUGCAAACCGGGUGACAGGGUAAUGAUUAUUGGUCAUUAUCGUUCUUUUCUUCCACCAAAAGGCAGCAUUUUUUUUAAAACAAUGCUUAUUGCCAACAACAUUGUUUUAAAAAAUACGUAA